UCUUCAAUGUAGGCACUGCUCCUAAAAACGCCUAUUUCAAAUAAGUGUGUGACUCAGAAGCCUAAGGCGGCAGCUGCGCGGGAGUGGCCUGUCGGCUGGAGACCAGUGACGCGGACGCUGGGGUAAAGGAGGGGCCGCGGGGACCUGACAGCUGCACAGAAGGGCGAAGUCUGUUCCCUGUUCAAACUUGGCCUUGGGAAUCAGCUUAGACGAUGCAGGCUUCCCAAGUCAGCCGGUCCCUCCAGCUUUCAGCCAGGGAGAACUGUGCACCCAGAAGCAGCCAGAAGGGGGCCUCAGCACCGUUGCUGUUCCACUACUUCCCCUGAGUUGCUUCCGCGACCUCCAGGCUCCGAUACAGGCCGCUCCCCCGCGAGGUCUCUUUGCGCGACUCCAGUGGCCACCUGAGGUCCAGCCUAGGCAGUCUCGGCUCCAGUUGCUAGCUCAGCCAAGGACCACAACCCCGAGCCUCGGGGGUGUGGCUAGCAGGAGGCCACGCCCAGCAGUCCUCAUUGGCCGAGGCUGUCGAGGGGGCGGGGCCGGCACACCAGCUGCGGACCCGCGGCUAGGCAGGGCGCGGAUCCAUGGCUGCGCGAGGUCCAGGUGGGUGAGGAGCAGGUGCUGCGCCUGGGAAGCCCCGACCUGGGCCAUGGCGCGACUGGUGCUGCCCGGAGAGCCCUGCCGAGGCUGUAUGCUAUCUCUGGUCUGUCCGAACUCCUCCCAAGCUUGGUGUGACAUCAGUAAUGUGUCACAGCUGCUGGCUUCUGUCCUCUACACAAAUGUGAAUUCCAGCAUAACCAACUUGAGCAUAUCAGCAAAUACAGAAAACAAGUACAGUCUUUAUGUGGGCUUGCUACUGGCCAUAAGUUCCAGUGUUUGCAUUGGCUCCAGCUUCAUACUAAAGAAGAAGGGCCUCUUGCAGUUGGCCAGCAAGGGCGCUACUAGAGCAGGAGAAGGUGGGCAUUCUUACCUCAAGGAGUGGCUAUGGUGGGCAGGAUUACUAUCAAUGGGAGCAGGAGAGGCUGCAAAUUUUGCAGCAUAUGCAUUUGCCCCUGCCACCUUGGUCACCCCUCUCGGUGCCUUGAGUGUUCUCAUAAGUGCAAUAUUGUCUUCCUACUUUUUAAACGAGCACUUGAACAUUCAUGGGAAAAUAGGCUGCAUUUUAAGUAUAUUGGGGUCGACUGUGAUGGUUAUCCACGCUCCACAAGAAGAGGAAGUCACUUCUUUGCACGACAUGGAAAUGAAAUUGAGAGACCCAGGAUUUGUCUCCUUUGCUGUGAUCAUAACUGUGAUCUCCUUGGUGCUGAUUUUAAUUGUAGCUCCCAAGAAAGGGCAGACCAAUAUACUGGUCUACAUUUCAAUCUGUUCUUUGAUUGGAGCAUUUUCAGUUUCUUCUGUCAAGGGCCUGGGAAUUGCCAUUAAGGAACUACUAGCCCACAAGCCAAUUUACAAGAAUCCCCUGGUCUUUAUUUUGCUGGCUGUCCUUGUGCUUUCAGUAACAACACAGAUUAACUAUCUCAACAAAGCACUGGACAUGUUUAAUACAUCUCUAGUGACUCCUAUUUAUUAUGUGUUCUUCACAUCCAUGGUAGUGACUUGCUCAGCCAUCUUAUUCAAAGAGUGGUACGGCAUGAAAGCUGGAGAUAUCAUCGGCACCUUGAGUGGGUUCUUCACCAUUAUCAAUGGCAUCUUCCUUCUGCAUGCUUUUAAAAAUACUGACAUUACCUGGAGUGACCUGACGUCCACUGCUAAGGAAAAAGUCCUUUCUCCAAAUGCCAAUGAGAACAAUUACAUGCUAUUAGAGAAUGUAGACUUUUCAACAGACGGAUAUGAAGAUGACAUUACCUUGUUUAGCAGGACAGAUGAUCAAAGACUCUGCAAAUCCUAAAUUUUCACCAACUUAAGACAUUUUGAGAGGAGAAGGAAGACUAACUGUUAGAAUUACUAUUUGGAAAAUAGGUAUUUUUAAAAUUAUAACACUUUAAAUGUGAAGCCAAAUAAAGAAAAGUUCUUCUUGGGCCAUCAAAUCUGAACAUCAAGUUCUGAUAUACUUCUAGAUUCCUGCAUCUUUCCAUUUCUGCACAACUUUAAAUAUUGCAUAAACAUAAAAGAAGUCAAGGAGUUAUAGUUGUCUGAGCAUAAUCUCUUCUCACUACAGAAGAUUUGACUUAGCCAGGUGGUGCCCCAUUUCCUCCGUGGCAAGUCUGAGAUUUGGAGCAAUUUACAGGCCAAGUUUUCUGUGUUCUGAUAAGCAGGUUCACCAGCUCUGGUGAAUCAUGAUCCCACUGAGAAGGGAGAACACUGUUAAUUUAUUAUCCCUUUGGCAACUUUCCCCUUUUUAAACUGGAAAACUAAAGGGCAGAGUAUUAAAGAAAAAAAAAAAAAAAAAGACCUGCUUUCAGAAUCUGCACUUCAGUGGGCUAGAAUGAACAAGCACACCCAACAGUGAAGACAUAAACUGGAUUAUUCAGAUAGUGUAAGACUUUAUUACCAAUUAAAGGGGGAGGAUGGAGCAAGGAUGAAGGUACUUCAGACCUCAGAUAAUGGAAACAAAUUCUCACAAAAACACACAUAACAAAGAACAGGUUCUUUAAGCACCAAUCUGGAUGGUAUCAGGCAAAAUUAACAUUCUGGGAAAGUCCAAGUGAAUUCAACUUUAAAGUUAUUUAUAUUUCUUUUGUCUCAUUCUUUUAUUAUCCAAUAGGUUACUUUUCUUGUUCACAAAUAUUCUUGUGAAAUAAUUACUAUCUUUUGGUCCACUUUAAUUUUUCUCAAAUAUUUAUCCCAAAGGGAUAGAUUUCCCAUUGUGGUUUGGAAACAACUGGAAAAAAUCUUUGUUUUUUUUUUUUAAAAAAAGAACAAACUUAAGAAAUCCUAAUGGUUUUCUUGAAAUUUGGUGCUGUAACCCUUAAUAAGGAAAUUAAAAUAGGUUACUGACUUUUCAAAAUAAGCAUUUCCCAUCACUAUAAGUAGGCAGAUAUCUUUUCCUGUUAAAUUCAUCCUGGCCACGUUUUUCCAUACAACUACUGAUACUGUGUUCAAGGAGAGUGUGAAGGAGAAUGAACUUCUAGGAAAACAAAAUAGUUAAGAACUCAGAGGCUACUACAAGAGGUAUCUUUUCACAUUAAAAUAUUCAUAUAAAUUUUUUCAUUCCAGAUUCAUGGCAGGAAUAAGAUUUUUGGUGAACUUUAUAGGCAGAUUUCCUGUCACCUAUUGGUAUUAUAGGAAGGAAAUUUGCUAUCAUAUAUCUAGACUAAAUUUGUGUCAAAACAAAUCUACCAAAAAGAAAGUUUUAAAUUGACUGGAUUGUAUUUUACUGUAACCUCUAAUGUUAGUUUGGUUUUGCUUGUUUAUUUGUUUGUUUUUGAGCAAAGUCAAGCCUACCCAGGAUAAUGAUAAUAAAGUCUGCCAUUCAGAAUUCUGUUAAACUGACCUCAGUAUUUACACAACUCUGCUGAAUGAUGAGUGGUGUUCACAGUGACCAUCCAAAACUACAGUGAAGCCUUCAGCUGCUGUUGGAGUCUUUAGCAUAGUUCAGUGGUGAGCACAAGUGAAGGAAUUCUAAGAUUUUGUAAACUGAUUAUCCAUGGAAGAUCAAUGGCUUGAUCUUGCAGGAUAAAUACAUGUAUACUCUCUUGA